ACUUUGCCAUUUUCUAAAAAUGUCAAUUUCAUGUGCUCAAAUUAUUUAUUUUCGUCUCUAAACCGUUUUACAACCGAGUUGCCGUGAACAUCGUUAGGUAAUUGCCUGUUUAGACAUCAGCCUCUUUAAAAUGCCUCGCAGAAACAACGAAAGAAGAGCAGCCAAAAGACAACAUGAAGGGGAAGAUGAGGCUACCACGAGCAAACGAAUCAAUGUUGAGUCGCCCCUGCAUCCGGCCCUUAAACCGAAAGCCGGUAAUUUGGCAGCAAAUAGAUUAACUGCACUUCGGAAACGGCUAUGCGACACUUUGGCGCCAGCAUCAGAGAAACCGGCGAAGCCUUUCCAAGGCACUUCUAGUUCUGUGUGUGCAGGUGGAACAAUCAGCCCUAAAGAGCAAUUCACAAAGUAUCCUUUGGAAACCGCAAUUAAGAGGCUCGAAAACAGUCGCAGAAAACUUAAUGGAACAGUUAUAGUUAUAGACGAUAGUCCUUCGCCAGCCAAAGACAAACACAAGGCACAGUUUGACUCACCUCAGGGCUUUAUUGUGCUGUCCGAAGCCGAGGACAGUGUUCGCAACGAAACGCCCCUAGUAUCAGCCAAUGAAAGAUUAAGAAAAUUCAGAAGCAAUUCCCUCAGCUUAAGCCCAACGUCCAGCUCCAAAACGUUGACUCCCGAUAGUGGAGAAAAGCUCAACAGUUCAGUUGUCUACGUUAAAACCUCUAGAGCAACGAUUAUACCAAAAGCUAAUCUGUUUAAGAGUCCGAAACAUGCUGAUGUGGUUAAUGGAAGGGCGACUGAUGUGGAAGUAAGUAGGAACAUUGAAACGAAUUUGUUUUUAAAUGGCAUGCCGUUCUCUCAAAACUGAAUCUCCAACUUGACUGGUUUCUGAGAAAACAAAUA